UGGAGCUACAGUGAAGAUCUAUAGCAGGAGGUAAUGGAGUUCAGCAGCUGUUCAGCCCUGAGCCAACAGUCAGACCACUGUAAGGCAGCGGACACCCUGAGGGUCAACAUUAACGGAAGUGUUUUCACUGUGGAUAAAGCCAUUGUAGCUGACAACUGUGAGUACUUCAGAGCAUUGUUCCAGUCAGGAAUGAGAGAUUGCAGACAGGAGGAGAUCCAGCUGCAAUGUGUGGGCGUUCUGGGGUUUACGGUCUUGUUGCAGGUUCUGGACGGGGAACAACCCAUGCUCAACAGUGACCAGCUCGUGGAAGCAAUAGAGUGCACAGCUUUUCUACAGGUACCAGCUCUCACCAAGCACUUGAUCAAUAUUAUCAAUUCUGAAAACUGUCUACUCAUGUACCACACGGCUGCAACCUACGGAGUGUUGGACCUGUUCCACAGUUCAGCCUUAUUCAUCAGAGACAUGUACGCUGACCUGAGGGAGGACGUUCACACCUUACCCUGCCACUUGGUAGACUACAUCGAGUCUCUCCUCCCGAGUAGCUACAUGGCAAUGUGCAGUCACUCUCCGUCCACAGAGCUGCUGCAGGACGUCCAGAGGACAGUCUGCUACCUGGAUGAAGAACACAGAGAGUGGAGGGUCCUGACACACCUGCCUGUGUGCACCAGCACCACAAUGGCAGGCGUAGCCGUCCUCGACAACAAACUGUACAUUAUUGGAGGAGUGCGUGAUGUAAGUAAGAAGGUGGUAGAGAAUGGAUUCUGUUACAACCCUGCAGCUAACUCAUGGUCAACCAUCUGUGGCCCCAAGCAGCUACGCUACAAUUUCACUUUAAUUGGUCAUGAGGGCAGCUUGUAUGCGGUCGGAGGGGAGUACAAUAUGAUAGCCCUAUCGUCUGUAGAGAGGUAUGGGCCGUUUGACAGGAACUGGAGCUUUGUCUCUCCCCUUCCCUGUCCUGCAGCCUCAGUGGUGUCUGCUGUAGCUAUGAGCAGAAUCUUUAUAUGUCUCUGGAGAGGGAGUGGGGCCACAGAUAUACACGAGUAUGUGCCUGAACAUGGCCGCUGGCUUCUGGUCACUACGCUCAUACGCCAACACAGUUACGGUAUUUAUAUGGUAGCCCACAAGGAUAAUUUGUAUGUUUUGCGCAAUGGACCUUGUGAUGAUUUCUUACUGUGUUUAAUGGACUGUUACAAUCUGAGCUCAGGUCAGUGGACAGCUAUGUCUGGUCAGUAUGGGAACAACAAAGGCUCUCUGUUGACUGCUGUGGUCAGAGGAGACUCGGUGUUCACUCUCAGCAGGCACGUGACCACAGAGUACACCAUCGAGAGUCACAAAUGGAAACCAAAGCACGAGAUGAAAGGUUUUGGCAGGAUUGGCUCUAUAUAUACAUUUCUAAUGAGGCUGCCUAAAGUCACUGUGUCCCUCAUGGGGAAUUAUCAGGAUGUGAAUCAGAACCAAAAUCUCAGAGAGUUCAGUGUCUGUACCAGAAUUUCAUUGUAA